AUGACACCGCCGUUCUUGCCGUUAGAACGCAUUAGAGAGGCAGCCGUAUUUGAAAUAAUAGGCGUUGAUUUUACGGGUCCGGUAUAUCUGAAGGGCGGCGAGAAAGCAUGGAUCUGUAUAUUUACCUUUGCUGUUUUUCGCGCGGUACAUUUUGAAACUCUCAAGUCGUUAGAUGUAGCGUCUUUCCUUAUGGCACUUAGAAGACACAUCGCUCGAAGGGGGAGGCCGUCGAUAAUUUUCAGUGAUAAUGGCACUAAUUUUGUUGGUUUGAGUAACGAGCUUGAAAGAGUAGAUUUAGAGAAGGUCACUGGAGACGAAAAUCUUCAAGGCAUUGAAUGGAAGUUUAAUCCGCCGUCUACUCCGUGGUGGGAAGGUUUUUGGGAACGUCUUAUCGGAAUUUUAAAAAGGUUAUUGAGGAGGACCCUCAAGAAAUCUUGCUUGGAUUAUGUUGAAAUGCUCACAGUGUUACUCGACUGCGAAGCAAUAAUCAAUCCGCGCCGAUAA